GCAAGGUUUCCAAACCAGAAUCAGACUAAACAUUGGUGUCAAAAUUACGUCGAUUAUCACAAAUGCGUAAAUGCCAAGGGUGAAGAAUUCGCCCCUUGUCAGCAAUUCAAACGCGCUUUCCGGUCUUUGUGUCCUAGUGAAACUAAUGGUCAGGUGUCCUUAUGGGAUGAACAAGUCGAAGCUGGUAAAUUCCCCGCGUCUCUCAACCCCUAG